AUUCAAGGGCCACAAAAAUGGUGACCAACAUGAAAAAGACUAAAAAGACGAAAAAGUAAACAUGGCAGACGAUGUUGAAACGUUUAGGUUAAGUUGUGUGCAAAUUAUUUCCUUUAAGUAAAAAAUAUAUUAAAAAAAUAUGCAUUUAAAUUCAAAUUCAUAUUAUAUUUAAGAUAUACUAUUUCAACCAAACCAACCGCGUACAGUUAAUUUAAUCUUAAACCGAGAAGACACAAAACGUACGAUAAUUUUUUAAUUUAACAUCAAGCUAAAAAAAUAUUACUUCAGCAACUAAUGGAAGAUUCAUGUGAAAAAGAUGUUGUCCAUUUGCAGCCGUUCAUCCACCAGGUGGGCGGGCACUCCUCCAUGCUGUGCCUGGACGAGGCGACGGUGUGCAAGCCGCUGGUGCCCAGAGAGCUGGACUUCUACCGCACCCUGCCCGAGCCGGUGCGCAGGUUCGCCCCCGCCUUCCACGGCGUGGUCCAGGUGCGCCUCCUGCAGGAGGAGGGCGGCUACGUCACGCUCGCGGCCACCCCGCCCCGGUGCUACAGGCCCCGCGCCUCCGCCCCCUCCGGCCGGAAGGUGCGUCUGCGUCGCUCGGGCAGCAUCGAGGUGAACGGCAGCAUCGCCAGGCUGUUCCGGGAGGACCAGGAGGAGGAGGCUCCGGCUGCACUGAACCCCUGGGUCUUCAAGUGCCACCGCAAGCACCUGCAGGAGCUCGUGAGCAGCGCCUCAGCAGGCCACACGUCCGAGUUUAUUCUACUAGAGAAUCUGACGUGGAAGUUCUCGUUCCCCUGUAUUUUGGACUUGAAAAUGGGCACGAGGCAAUAUGGGGAUGCUGCGAGUCUCUCCAAGAAGCAGAGUAAAAUGUAUAAGGUGGUGAACACGACAUCAGGCAAACUGGGCGUUCGAAUUGGGGGCAUGCAGGUGUACCAGGUAACAACAAAACAGUUUCUGUGCCGAAACAAGUUUUAUGGGCGCAGCUUGUCCGUGUCAGGAUUCCAACAAGCCAUAAAGCAGUUCUUCCACAAUGGAUUGUGUUCACGCUACGAUGUCAUCCCACCGCUCAUUCGUAGGCUCGAAGAGUUGAUCGUUGUUCUGGGACACCAGGACACUAUCAGGUUUUACACUACUUCCUUGCUGCUUCUUUACGAAGGUGCAGUGGACACGACCAACUUCGACUUUUCAGUGGACAGUUAUGCACACCUGAAGGAUGACUUCAAAUCGGCCUGCUCAAGCUUGAAAACAACGGUUGGUAAAGAUUUCCCAUCAGGACAAAGUGACAUUUUUGAUGCACUUGGAGCGAAAAGUUCAAGUGUGGAAAACAUGAACGUAGUGGACAGGUUCUCAAACGAACUCUCGCACUCUGAAGAUCUGUACAAAAGUAGAUGUUGCCACCACAGACGCAGGAGCAGUUCGGCUUCUUGCGAUGAUGCGAGUGCGAAUAUGUCGUCUUCCUUCGACAGCUCUCCGCUUCAAACCCCUCGCCCUUCGGAGCCGCUCGUGGACGUGAGAAUCAUUGACUUUGCACACUCCACCCAUAAGGCACUGGAUGACCCUGUCGUUUACUCGGGACCUGAUCGCGGUUUCCUCUUCGGGCUCGAGAACAUGAUUACAAUUUUGAAAAACAUUGAACGAGAUCAUGGCUGAUGGAAAGUUUAAAAAAUAUACCAUUGAAAAAUCACUCCCACUACUUGUGUAUGAAUUUUUUGUCGCUAGCAUAAUGUAAAAUUUUCAUUAAUUUAGUAAGUUAACUUAAUCUGCACCAUAAGUAAUGUGUUCUCUCAUUUUUAAAGUACCUAUAUAUUUACAUUUCAUGCAUCACUGAAUAGUUGAAUUAGUCGUUGGUCGUACAUUCCUAAAAAUAAAAAUAAUGUUGAUACUUGAGCAUAAUAAGUCAGAUUUAUAUAUAUAUUUUUUAUCCUUUUUUAUUUUAAGAAAAAUGUGCAAUAUUUUAAUAUUUAACUUUGAUAUUAGUUAUUUUGUAGGUUCUAUGUAUGGCUUGGAUGCAGUGUAAUUUUGUACUUGAGUAGUUAAAAAUUAUGGUAGUUUACCUAAUUUUACCUUAGAAUAUCUAUGACAGUUAUAAUUGGUCCAAAUAAUUUUAAUCAUUCAUUGCUGUUAAGUUAAUAUCUUCGUUAUUUUAAUAGAUUUUAGCCAGUAUGACUGAUGAAUGGCACAAAUACCAACCCAGUGUGGUUAAAUUUUUUUAGUAACUUUUAUUUUUAGUGUUUAUAUGAUAACUAGUUGUUUUUUUGACUAAUUACCUUUUGUGAGUAUUGGUUCCUCAGAUUGUAAUAUGUAUUUUCUCUGUUUAAGUUUAUAAGAAAUAUCUCUUUGUGCAUUGUAGUUUAAGGUGAGCAUUACGCUUUUCUAGUCAUUUACAGCACACAUUUUUUCUCUGUGAGUAGCCAUGUUGAUUUAUAAAACUGGAUCACAUUGUUGUGAGCCAAGAUAUGUUAGUCAUAGAUUUAGUGUUUCAUUUGUUAUAGUCAUAGCUUUUAUUUCAAAGUACAGCUGAAUAAUUUUUGAUUGUAGAUCAUACCUAUUUAAAAGAAAAAAAUCAUAUAUGUUUAAGUUUAUGAAAAAAAAAAUUUAUUUUUUUAUUUUUCAAGUUUUUAAAGAUUUUUCAGUAGAUAUUUAUUUUGUAUGGUUAGAUAUAUAUGUUAUAUGUUAGACUGUAAUUUAUGGGUCAUUAUGGGUCAUGGCAUGGGUUGUUUUCAUGAAAAUGUGAUGUUGCCAAAAGUAACUUUAAGUAGGUACCGGGGUACUUCAGUAAACCCAUGAUGUAUGAAGCAAUUUAGAUUGUGUGUUCUGAUAGCCCUACAUGUUUUAAAUUACAUCAUUAUAUGUUGAUUUGCAUUAAAAGUACAGUAUUUACUAAUAUAAGGUGCCAUCGAUUCUAAGACUUAUUUUUACUCUAGUUUCUCUAAAAGUAAAAGUUAACCAAGAAACAUAAGACAGGAUGUCUACAAAUAUCUGCUGAACCAAUUUCAGGACAUAUUCAGGACCUUUUAAUAUAAUUGUUAGACAACUUUUUUAUAUCGCAGGAUCAUUUUUAUAUAUGUAUAAGUAAAUUUAGACAUAAUUCGAAAUAGAUCUUCUGUUCGCAGUGAAGUCCCUAUUUGUAUGUCAGAAAGCUGAAACCUUUUCAGAGAUAUUUUCCACAUGAUUUAAUUGGACAGUAUUAUUUAAUGCAUGACUUUAAAGUGAAAAGAGGUACCUAUUAAAAAAACUUAAUGUAAGUUAGCAAAUGGCCAGCACUGUUACUGUUUAUUUCCAUUACUUUUUCGGGAUCGUGACUAGCCCUUCAGUUCCAUUAGUUUACUGUGACCUUUGUAUUUUCAGUACCUUUAGAAACCCUGUAAAUAUGCUCUAAUUCUUGUAAGUAGUUUACUAACUCCACAGCACUGCUUACCUAUGUUUUGUGUAUUUAUUAUUUUGGUUGUCCUUGCAUUUUAAUUUAGUGUGACAGUUGACUAUCUGUUCCUGUUUCUUGUGACACAUCCCGAGUUACCAUCGUGCUAAUAACCCGCUCUAUUUGUACAUGUUACAAAUUUUGAUAAGUUUGCUUGCAAAUGUAGGCAGUUCUGAUUAUUGUAACACACAUCUCAUUUUAAAAUCUCUUUAUCUGAUUAAAUAAGUAUGUCUUAAAAUAGGAUAAAUUUAGCAAAUGUAAGAUGCUAUUGAUUAUAAGAUUACAAAAAUUUACGUCUUAGACUCCAUUAAAUUCUAUUUCCCGAUUGUUCGGAACAUUUAAAAACUGUAAUUUGUGAAAUUAUUAUUAUUUUUUUUCAAUUGAACUGAUCUUUAAUAGGAAUGGAAUAUGGGGAAAAAAAAAUAAGUGCAACACAAGCAGUAUGUAUGGGCUGGUCCAAAGUUGAAGUGGCACAUCUCAUGUAAAUGCCCUAUGAGCUAAUUGUACUCUCACUUCAGUAAGCACUGCCAGUGUGCCAUUUAGAAUAUGGUUGUAAAUUAUUUUACCAACCAAACUUUUUUUAUUAAUUUAUAUGUGCAUCACAAUUUUUUUUCCACAUUUUUGUUAAAAUGAAGUUUUAUGGAGCCAACUCAUGAAAUAGUGAGUAGAAUAAUAAUUUGAAUUACUUUUUGAUAAAUAUUGUAAUUACAGGUAAUAGGCUGUGAUGUAAUUUGUGUAUAUACAGUGGGAAAACUUGGGUGUCAACAAUUUUAAAACUUAAGGCAAUUUAAAUGAAAUCAAUAUGUUUCUGUUAUAAAGAUUUUUGUGUUGUUACAAAACAAACAAAUUGUUGCCUAUUUUACAUGUUAAAUUUCUCUUGUAUUAAGUAUUUCGAGAAAUUUUUCUUAAAAAUAUGAACCUUAGAAAUUUUGUGAAAUUCCUGGAACUUAAAUUAAAUAUGCACUAAAAUAUCUCACACUGUGUAAAAGGCUUUGAAAUUGAAUAAAUUUCUUCUUUGGUAAAAACAGUAUUUUAGUUUAUUCUCUAUUUAAAAAUAACAAAUACAUAAUCAUGUGAGUAAUAAAUUAAAAUUAAUUUAUUGUACAAAAAAUUAUAUGUAUAAAGUGUAUUCUCAACAUGUGAAGUAAUAUACAAUUGCUAAUUACAGUUUAAAGCCAUUUAAUAGCAGAAUAUCAUAUUUCAACAUUCAGUUGCAGAAAUGCAAGCAUCCUAAUCUUUUAUUAAUGGGUGUAAUGGAUAGAGUAACAAAUAUAUGUAUGAAAUAAAACAUGAAUUGCAUUUGGAAUACGCUUGUUUUGAAAUGUUUGCAGGAACUAUAGAAAUGUGAAUUUUUCAGGUUUUCCCAAAGUGUAAUUUUUUAUAUAUUUAUGAAUACUAUACUAAAUAAAAGUGUUUGAUGAUCAA